GAUGUUCAGUCAAAUCCUGAAGGGCCAUGGCGGCAAAAAAAAAAAAACUCGCAUAUUCUGUUGGAAUAGUAGCCUGGACGAGGAUACCCCGGGCGUCCCCAAUUCCAUCCGAAUGCGCAGAGGUAACUAGGCAGUUUACUACUGGUAAUUAGUGGCCUGAUCCGCGGAUGUGCAAAAGGGGGAAAAGAUGAAUAGCCGCGGGAAGCCAGUAGCGUCAGGUGCUAGUCGACCGACUGGUGAUGGCAGCACAGGCGCUGGGACGCAACCCAAUGUCGCCAGGCCAGGCCAGGCCUCUAGAUACGGCUUUGUCGCGUCCCUUCUCCAGGGCAAGGAGUUCGACUGGUAUUCGCGACCGCCAUUUUGCGGCUGCGUGCCCGAUUGGAAGAGUGGAAGUCCAAGACCGGAUGAAGCGGAAAAAGAAAGGCGCAGAAUGGGUAUUGAUCUCCUUGGCAUACGCGGGAAGAAGCGUCUCGAAAGCCCUUGAUGUUUUAUUUUCUUCUCUAAUCUUUAUUUUUUCUUC